GUAGCGCUCGGCGGGACCCGCUGGGGCUCGGAGGCGGCGGCGGAGCCGCAGUGACAGGAGCGGCGCCGGGACUCACCGAGGCGCAGGGGCUGGAGGUGGUGCUGGGGGUGGGCGAGCGCUGGACCGUAACCAAAGCCAUCUAGGUGAAGAAACGGAGACCCAGGAAAGCUAGAUGAUAUGGUGAUAUGAGAACUAAGAGGAGACUUCACAUGUAUACACCUAAAUCCAACGUAAGGAAAGAUGGGAGCAAAAAAGAGAUCUAGGCAAAGUCCUCUAGGAAAUUUUGAAGAGGAAAGGAGAGCACUCUAAGAAGAAUCCGAGUCCAAAGGGUCACCUCUUCUCUGCAGACAAGAUGAGUAAGCCACUUUCCAAAGAGAAGUCCUCCAUCCCUCAAAAUUUAAAAGAUCCAGCGGAGCCUGGCCCAUCUCCUAAGGAUGUACAGAAUGUGUCCACAGAUGACAAAGUCUCUGAUUUUCCAAAUUCAGCCGAACAAGUAAUAGGGGAAGAAAUCAAUCCAAAUUUCUUACCUCUGGUUGAAGAAGAAAAACCAGGAGAAGAUCUGAAACAGGUGUCUUUUCAUUCCAAAAGUAGUACAAAUGAAACAGCAUCGGAUCUUACAGAAUCUGGGACAUCAGAGAAUACAGCUAUGCUCUUAGAGGUCCCUAUAGAUACGGAAACACUUGCAUUCCCAUGGAAGGAAAACUUCUUUGACAAAAUUGAGGCAAGAUCCAUGGCCAUGCAGAAUGAGGUCAUUCAUAAGCUUUCCCUCCAGAAGGAACAUGAGAAAAAGAUGGCUGCAAAAUACCCUGUGGAUGACUUGGCUAAUGAAUGGCUAAGUGAUGACAAAGACACACUGGAUACUCAGGCAUAUUUGCUUGAGAAGUUAUUGCCCACCUUAAUACCAGGAGUUGAAAAAAUGUUAAUGGAGGUAGAAAAGAGGAAGCUAUUAGGACCCAUCAAGAAGAAAACUUUUGAUCCGAUUAAUUAUCUGGGGGAAUACCUGAUGAGAAAUAAUCCCAAUUACCAAAAGGAUUUACCAGAGACUGGGUAUCUGAAGGCAAUGAAGAACGUCACAAAGGUUAUGAAAACCCAGAUUCCUGACACUCCAUACAAUAGAGUAUUCAAGAUAAAGAAGGAAGUCAAAGAAAACAGAGAAAAAAGGGAAAAUAUUGAGAGAAUCAAGACUCAUGUGGGUAAGGUGAGGAAGGAAGCUCUGACACUGCAGUUCCAAGAAUGGAUUCUGGAUCCUGAAAGAAGGCUUCCACUUCCCGUGAUCGAGAAUGCCGCCCACGUAUUUCUGGACACUUCAGCAGGGCUUAAAACGGAGUCACUUUUUCAGCCAAUGGAAUUUAUAGGAUCAAUGAAAGACAUGAUAGAUGAAGAACAUUUUAUAGAGGUUAUCUUUCCAUGUAUCAAGGAAUUGACAAGUGAAAUGUUUACGGACUUCCUGAGGCACCUUUACCAGUGUUCAGGUGACUUCUAUGAUAUCUUGAAACAUGACCAGUGGAGGCAAAAGUUUUUAAAACUCUUCUUUGCCUGUGAUGUUGGAAAGUUGGGGUUCGUGGACCGGGAAAGGACAUUGACCUUGCUGGAAAACUUCUAUGAUAAAAACCCGAAGAUGGUUAGGAGGCUCUUUUAUAACCCAAAGUUUUGGCCAUUCGUUGAAUUUGAAGAGAUAGAACCAGCUGAGUUCUGGGGAGAUUUGGAUGAUGAGAGGAGCCCUUUUGAGAAAUAUGAACAAGUAUCUCAAGUAGAGUGGAAGAAAUCCACUCAUGGAAUUGCAAAGAAAUUGCCCUUCGAUGACAUGGACCUGAUUGGAGAGGAGGAACAGGAACGGAAAGUCAUUAGUUGGUCUAGGACCACUAUAACUUAUGAAGAAACUACCUCAGAGCCAGAAGUAGCAGCAGAGGAGGAGAAAGGGGAUUCUUCUAGCAAGAAGAGCUUUAAAAAGUUGGACUUGCUUCCAGAGGAGUUGCCUCCAGGAUCACAAAUCGAUAUAAAAAUAAGCCAAGAAGCAAAGCAGGAAGAACCAUCCACAGAGCAAGGAGAACCAUCCCAAGAGAAGAGAAAAACAUCCAGAUCAGAGGAAGAACCAUCCAAAGAUCAGGAAAAACCUGAAAAACCAAGUUCUUCCAAGGGUUCAGUAGAAGAACAGAGAAGCACCACAGAAGAGGAGGACUUAAAAACUGGAGUAAAAAAAUCCUCAGAAAGCGAGCCAGCAACAGAACAGAGAAGCUCAACAGUAAGACUGCAGGAGCCUGAAGAAGAACAAGGAGAAUCAUCAGAGAAGACAGAACCAUCAACAUCUGAAAAAGCAGUAGCAGAAGGGAAAGAAAUCAGUUCCAUGGAAGAAACUACUGAACCCCCAGAGAAAAGCAGUCAAGAACACUCCAAAGUUUUUCCACAGGGAGAGGAAGAUGAAAUUCUGUUCAAGGCAGAAGAUGUUCUCCCAGAAGGAGAAAAAGAAUCAAGCUGUGAGCCCCGGACCCAGCUAAUAGAAGGGAAGCCAUGGUCAGGUGAUCUCUUAACUUCUGACCUGAGUAUAAAGUAUAUGAAAUAUGGAGAAAACACAAAGGCUCUUCUAGUCUCUGAUGAUCCCAGGUUCUUAGCGUUGCGUCCAAUAAUCCUCAAACUUAAGAGACAAGAACAAUCCAGGAUCAGGAGCGCCUUCUCACAGCGCUACCUCAACCUACCACAGUUUGUUCAGCUCCUGGAUACAUUUGUGAGUGAUGGCAUCCCUUUGGGUAUUAUGAAGAAAUUCAACACGUUUUUUAAGAAGAAUUAUAUGGAGACAGAGGAUGAUAAAAUAAAUAGCUUGGAAAAGAUUUAUAAAGAGACCAUUGGGCAGCGAAGGAAGCUACUCCUGGAUGCUCUCUUUGAGAAAUGGGAUAAUGAAGGCUCUGGAUUCUUGGAACUGCAGAAGAUCGAUAACCUUCUGUUUACCUACAAAGAGGGCAUGGAGAAAGUGUCUAUGAAUAAAGCAAAAAUGCAUAUUGUAUUGCCACAGCCCCAUCCUGGCAAAGAAGUGAGGUUAACCAUCAGCCACUUUAGAAACUACAUUGAGCUGGUGGUGGCAGAACUCACUGGAAACGAAGAUGAAGUCUUUGACAACGUGGUGGAGUUUCUGAUGAUGAGCUUGAAACCGUCCCACGUGGAGCAACUGCGGAACGCAGCCCGGCACAAGUGGCUGGAGCGGAUCCAGCGAGCCGCGGAGACCAGUAGAGUGUGCCUGCAGCCCAUUUACACGGAGGUCUUUAAGGCUCUAACGGAGGAUGCCGAAGCCCACGGCUACAGCAAGAGGAUCAGUGCCCACAUUGCCUUCUUGGAAGAGAACAAAGCCAUGCCAGAGAGAGGAAGCACCCUCCUGAGGAAUGUGGCCUGUACUGCCCCUGAUGUGCCCUAUGUCUUGAACCAAGUGCUUUACCGAGAUAUGAGUGGAAUCAGUUUUGCAGUGGUGGAUAAGGGAGAGCCCAUCCAUGUUCCAGAAGUUGACAAGCAUGGAAAUAUUCACUUCUGGAACACUUCCCGUGAACCAGGAAAACAGAAAGGAUCAUUCCUGGCUAUCCCUCUUCAGGAUGCUUAUAAGAGAAGUUUUGGUGUCCUGGGAGUAGACACCCUCCGGAAUUACCCCAGAAAAACCAUCUUUUCAGCUCAUGAGAUCAGUUUCUAUCAGGGUGUAGCCAAUGCAUUCAGUAUUGCCUACCACCACAUCCAUAGCCGGGAACACAUCUUACAUGUGAUAGCAACUGCUGCUGGCUGGCUCCGAAUUGUAACACCUAGUAUCAAGAACCUCACCACCUUCCUGGUGGAAGCUGGACCAGACUAUGAAUCAGAUUAUGCUCUUCAAAAAAUUAUGUACCUGGAUAAUAAAAAACGUAUGGAAGUCUUCUCCCAGCCUUCUAUUAUCUACAGAAAGGAGAGUCUAUUCAGAGACUACCUCUUUAAAAGCGCAGACACCUCCCAGGUGGUUUUUGCCUAUGCCCUUGGGACCUAUCACAUAACUGCUCCACUUCGAGACAGAAAGGGCGUGGCCAUGGGGGUGAUUGAUUUCUCCACUGGACAAAAGAAGGUGUUGCCAAAUCAGGAGUACAGAGAUUUACAGAAAAUGCUGAAGAUAGUACAAACAGCCUGCAAGGAAAUACUGGGCGAAAGCACGGGAGAAAUAAAGAAGCAGCAAAUCCUAGAGAUGGAAUACCAAGGAGAUGUACAAAAGGCAGGAAUCCUCUUCUUCCGUAUCAUGCUGAAAGAGAUCCAGGAGAGGAUCCGGGAGCUUGAUCCUCAGGCCUUCAAAAAUUUGAAGUUUCAUUCUGAAAACUUUUUGUCUUUGAUAUUUGAUUCUUCAAACUUUGAAAAGGAUGAGAAACCGCCUUCCUUGGCCCAUGACAUCCUUAAAGCAAUCUUGUUGAUCUUUAAUCCAGAGUGGGAAGGUAGAGAGAUGCUUGAGGACUGGAAUAAGUGUAGACAGCUCAUUACCAAUGAACUGAUUCAAAAGCUUUGCAACUUUGAUCCCACUGCUGAAUAUGUGAGAGUUUAUCCAGAAGUCAUUGCUAAACACAUCAAAAGAAACCCCAGAAAAAUCAUCUGGGCGGAGGGAUCUGUUGCCCUCGAAUAUAUGUACCACUGGGCCCUUACCUGUCUGUUUCUGGUCGAGAUAAAAUUUAAACUGGAGAACAAAUACAUUCUUCCUCUGCCUGCAGGAGAAAUAAGACGCAAGAAGAGAAGUUCAUUCAGACCCUGAUGGGGAUGGUAGAGUAUCUGCAGGGCUUUUUAAGCUCAGUUCUGCUUUCUUUCUUAGCUGGUAAGAUAUUUUUAUUUGGGGAGAAGUGCUUCCAGACAAGUGUCUCUCGGGCCUCCUACAACCACGCCAGGAGAACGCCUCGGACCUCGAGGCAUCGAAAUCACAGCCAAAUCGCACCAAUGUCUGGAGGCACCGAUGGGUGGGUGGUGUUUGCCUCAUUUCUCUCAUGGGAAGGCCGAAGUUUAGGACUGGGAAAAAUCUAGAACUCUGAAAUGGAAAAAUAGAUUGCCUGGUAGAUGAGCAAGCGUGGAGGCCAGCUUCCAGUCUGCGCUCCCUUCUAGCCUCUCUGACUCACGGCCCCUUCCCGGUGGAAAAGCCAUUUUAGCCAGAAAGCCCUGUGGAAAGAGCGUGGCCGUUUCUCACUCCUGGGGAAAAGCCAACAACCCCUUUGUUGCAGAGGGCCUGGUCUAGCUCAAGAAUGGCAGAAAGACUUCGACUUGUUUCAAGCUUGUGAUUACAGCAAACUUUGCUGGUCGGCGGCAAGAUUCCAUCUUUGUAAUAAUGUAUCUGAUGGCAGAGUCCAUUUUUAAUAAAAUUUUGGGAAAUUAAAA